AGCCAACUACUGUAUCGAAACCUGUCGAUCCAUAGAACAGCAUUCACCAUGGCAGACAGCUCGAGCAAACCUACUCACCCCGAGAUCACCUACGCUGAGAGAUCAUCAGCUACUGAACCGGAAAAGAACAUCAUCUACUUUACGAUCAAUGCUCCGAACAUUGAUGGCGAGCCAAAACUCGAAAUCAAGCCGACAGAGAUUUCAUUCUUUGCCAAAGCUGGAGAUCCCUCCAAGGGAGUGCCCAGCAAGGAGUUUGCAUUUGACCUGCAACUGUACGAUGAGAUCAUCCCUGAGGAAACCAAAAAAGUCGUCAAUGAACGAGCUAUCCUGUUGAUCCUCCGUAAAAAGACAGCCAAGGCGGAAUACUGGCCCAGGUUGACCAAGGAGAAACCUAACAGAAACUGGGUCAAGACGGACUUCUCAAAGUGGGUCGACGAGGAUGAACAGGAGGGCGCCGAGAUCGAGGACAUGAGCGGUAUGGGAGGAAUGGGAGGAAUGGGAGGUAUGGAAGGUAUGGGCGGCAUGGGUGGAAUGGGUGGUAUGGGCGGUGGUAUGGGCGGAAUGGACUUUGUAAGUCUAUCCCAUCCGUAGCGGCGGGAAUCGUCGCUGACCAGAGUGUUCUCUCCCCCCCUUCCGCCGGUGUGUCUUAUGGAUUCAAUGCUCCACUCGUCCUCUCUCGACCCCAAACUCCAUCCCCACCACAGGCCAGCAUGAUGCAGCAGAUGGGAGGAGCUGGUGGUAUGGGUGGACUCGGCGGAAUGGGAGGCAUGGGCGGUAUGCCCGGUAUGGGAGACAUGGACGGCUUGGACGACGAUGAUGAUGAUGAUGACGAGGGCGCCGGUGCGGGAGACGAAAAGAUCGAAGAGAUCGGCUCGAGCAGCAAGGGGAAGGACAAGGCCGACCUCAACGACGUCGAGUAGAUGUUGAAAUGGCCAGAGAUGCUAUCCCCAGACCAAAAAAAAAACAUCAUUUCACAUGCAUCAGCAGUUCUUCUUCA